AAGUAGUCCGUUGCGGAGGGAACACGUCUGAUUUCCGGGUGCCAUCUUGCUGCUGAACAGUCUCGUCCGGUUCCGCCCGGUGUGUAGUGUCAACCUUUCGCCACAUUUGUGUCCUUCUUUUCACCGCCAAAAUGUCGCGACUGAAAGCCGAAAAAGACAGGGAAAGGGAGAAGAAACUUAACGAAAAGCACCAGGCUAUCCUAGCGCAGCUUUUACGCGAAGAAGACAACAAAUACUGCGUGGAUUGCGAGGCGAAAGGACCGAGAUGGGCGUCGUGGAACCUGGGCCUGUUCCUGUGCAUCCGCUGUGCUGGGAUCCAUCGUAACCUGGGCGUGCACAUCUCACGCGUCAAGUCUGUCAACCUGGACUCAUGGACACCCGAGCAGAUACAGAUGAUGCAGGAAAUGGGAAACUACCAGGCCCGGGCUGUGUACGAGGCACGUCUCCCUGACAGCUUCAGAAGGCCACAGACAGACUCUGCUCUGGAACAGUUUAUCCGGUCCAAGUACGAGAGGAAACAAUACAUCGACAAAAAUGCUCAUAUCAUCACUCCAGCUGAUCUCAAGCCCCGCAAGGAGGAAGAGAUAGAGAAACCAAAGGAGAAGAAGAAGGAGAGGAGAGAGAAGAAACUUUCUCCUCCAUCUGUAGCUAAGGAGAAGCAGAAGCAGUCGCCCACGGUACCCAGACCUGUGAAACCAGAGGCAGCGGCUCCUGCCAAGUCUGCGUCUGCCCCACCCACACCAGCAAAGAGUGAACCUGUCCAGCCACAGAUGGACCUGCUCGGACUAGACACAAACGACCUUCUCAAGGAUAACAUUCUGCAACCGUCCACCAAUCAAGUGGCAGAGGUGGAGCUGCUGACCUUUGACACUGACCAAUCAGACAAUAAUGCCAACAGCCAAUCAGAUGAUCACGCCAUGAAUGGGCCAGUGACAAACGGAGAUGCUGACCCUUUCGGAGACUUCCUGUCCGCAGCCACAUCUACAACCAUUCCUGCUGUUAACAAUUCCCCAACCAGCCAACCAGUAGCCUCCUCCAGUAAUGACCUGUUUGCAGCCUUCUCUUCCACCACCAAUCAGAGCACAGCUCCCUCCAUGCCUAGCCAAUCAAAUGCCGAGGACUCUCUUUUGAAGGACGAAUCAAAACCCCAGAAAUCCACCAAGGAAUCCAUUCUUUCUCUGUAUGGCUCCUCAACAAGCCAACCACAGAACCAAGUCUUUGGUGUACCAGGUGGAAUGUACAUGCCCCAGCAGCCGGCCCCUCCUGCACAAUUCCAGAUGCCAGGCAUGCAACAGGGUAUGAUGGGCAACAUGCCACAACAACAGCAACAACCACCCCAGCAGCAGUGGAUGAUGGGAGGAAUGCCGCAGCAGCAGCAGGGCAUGAUGGGAAUGCCGCCCAACAGCAUGAUGGGAGGAGUUGGAGGCGCAGCAGGAAUGAUGGGAGGGAUGUACAACGCGCAGCAGAUGCAGCAGAUGCAGCAACAACAGAUGCAGCAACAGCAGCAGAUGCAGCAGAUGCACCUGCAACAGGUGCAGCAGCAGCUACAGAGCAUGAGGAUGACAGGUCCGGGGGACAUGAUGGGGGGGUUUGGCUCGGCAGGGAUCCCCGUGGCAGCCCCAGGUGGGCCGGGCACGGGACAGACCCUGAGCACACAGCUGUGGAAAUGAUGACAGUCGGUGUAGUGUAGUGUUCUGUAGGUAUGUCAACAACUGUAUGGGGCACCAAGCUGUGGGAGGGGGGCAUGGGAAAGGCCUUAUGUCUGAGACUAGUACAUGUACCUCUAAGUCUUGUGUACCUGCUCCAAAAUUUUUACAGUUAGGGCUCAGCAACUUAAAAAAAAAACAGUAAAGUAAGUAAAAAUGUGCAGGUGUUACUGAGGCUUUUAGUACUUUCUCAACAUACUUCAUCUUUAUACUGAAGCUAAAUCUUUGAUGGUACAUGGAUUUCAAUGGAACACUUUCCAUUCAAAGACUUUGUGAACAUAAAUGUACUAAAGCUAAAUCACAAAUUUAAAACUGCAACUUAAGCUUAUGCCCAACUGCCAUGCUUGGUGCCGUAAAAUGAAGUAGCAAACUGUGGUGACUAUUUAAUCUGCCGUAGUUUUAUAGAUCGAUGGUCUUUCCUACAUGGAUGUCUUUAGUAUAACAUCAUCUACACAACUGUGAAACCUUUGACACAAGAAGAUCAGCUUUGAUAAUAAUAAUGAAAAUAAUGUAAUGUAAUUGUUUUCCUGUACUCAGUUGUAUUUUCCCUUUGCCCCAUCAGUUGUGAAGGGGAAGACCGAUUAACACAUGGUAAAGGUACAUGUUCUGUCUGUUUGGGACUUUGUUGCCAGUACUAUUCUUGAAUGUGCAGAUCCUGUGCUUGUGCAACUUGUCUUGGCAAAGGUUCCUGUCCAACACAGUUGUCUGGAUUUUAACUUCUUACUAUGUGGUGGCAAUAACUUGAACAUGUACUUUAGUUGUAUUUCUGCAGAAAUGCAAAAUUGUGACUACCACUAGCAUUAC